AUGGCCACCUGCGAAGUCACCCAGCUCUCCGUCGUCACCUUCCGCCCGGACCUCUCGCCGCCGUACUCGCCGCCCGCGCCGCCAUCGGCCUUUCUCGACGUCGCCGCCAAGCUGCAGGCGGUGCCCGGCGCGCGCGCCUCGUAUCUCGGCUACCAGCUCGAGGACUCGCGCCGCUGGGUCUGGGUCGUCCGCUGGGCCACCGGCGCCGCCCUCGACGCCUUCCUCGCCUCGCCCUCGUACGCCCGCUGGCUCAACUCGCUGCGCGCCGUCGCCGACACGUACGCCAGCUCCCGCGCCUACCUGCACGGCAGCAUCGCCGCCUCGCUCAACAGCCCCUGCACCGAGAUUGUCACCGCGCUCGACGCCGACCCGGGCUUCGUCGAGGACAGGCUCAAGCCGUUUACGCGCCUCUUUGACCGGGAGCCGGGCGUGCCGGGCUAUCACGCGCUCUCGUACGGCCAGUGGCUGCCCGUCGUCCACGACGGCGUGGCGCCGCCCGUCGGGCUCUCGGCGGGCAUGCUGAUCGGCUGGGACAGCAAAGAGGCCCAUUUCGCACAGCGCGGUGAAGGGAUGCUCAUUGAUCGCUACAUUCACCACAUCCGCGGUGGCCGCAAAACGUUGGGCCUGUAUCACGUCAACUUUACCCGUCUCUGA